CCCGCGGCCGCCGCCGCCAUUUCGGGCACUGCUGUGAAGCUGAGACCCGAGCCGGUCCGCUGGGCGGCGGGCGUCGGGGCAGGAGGGGCGCGCGUGCCGGCGGCGGCCCAGCGUGUAGGCGCGGAGGCGGCCAUGGCGGGCAACUUCGACUCGGAGGAGCGGAGUAGCUGGUACUGGGGGCGGUUGAGCCGGCAGGAGGCGGUGGCGCUGUUGCAGGGCCAGCGGCACGGGGUGUUUCUGGUGCGGGACUCGAGCACCAGCCCCGGGGACUAUGUGCUCAGCGUCUCCGAGAACUCGCGCGUCUCCCACUACAUCAUCAACAGCAGCGGCCCGCGCCCGUCUGUGCCACCGUCGCCCGCCCAGCCUCCGCCCGGGGUGAGCCCCUCCAGACUCCGAAUAGGAGAUCAAGAGUUUGAUUCAUUGCCUGCUUUACUGGAAUUCUACAAAAUACAUUAUUUGGACACUACAACAUUGAUAGAACCAGUUUCCAGAUCCAGACAGGGUAGUGGAGUGAUUCUCAGGCAGGAGGAGGCAGAGUAUGUGCGAGCCCUCUUUGACUUUAAUGGGAAUGAUGAAGAAGAUCUUCCCUUUAAGAAAGGAGACAUCCUGAGAAUCCGAGAUAAGCCUGAAGAGCAGUGGUGGAAUGCAGAGGACAGCGAAGGCAAGAGGGGGAUGAUUCCAGUCCCUUACGUCGAGAAGUAUAGACCUGCCUCCGCCUCAGUAUCGGCUCUGAUUGGAGGUAACCAGGAGGGUUCCCACCCACAGCCACUGGGUGGGCCGGAGCCUGGGCCCUAUGCCCAACCCAGCGUCAACACUCCGCUCCCUAACCUCCAGAAUGGGCCCAUUUAUGCCAGGGUAAUCCAGAAGCGAGUCCCUAAUGCCUACGACAAGACAGCCUUGGCUUUGGAGGUCGGUGAGCUGGUAAAGGUUACGAAGAUUAAUGUGAGUGGUCAGUGGGAAGGGGAAUGUAAUGGCAAACGAGGUCACUUCCCAUUCACACAUGUCCGUCUGCUGGAUCAACAGAAUCCUGAUGAGGACUUCAGCUGAGUAUAGCUCAACUAACAGUUUUGCUGACAGAUGGGAACAAUCUUUUUUUUUUUUUUUUUCUGAGUGUCAUCUAUACAAUUUUCUUACAGAUGUCAAAGCAGUCUAGUUUAUAUAAGCAUUCUGUACCUGUGAUCUUUUUUAGACUGAACUACAUCUCUAGUCUCAUUUACCAUGUUCAGGGUACGAAACUGGAGGCCUUGUGUGUUAACUUCUGAAUUGGCAAUUUUAGGUGGUAGCAGCCAUGCCUGAGUGUAUCAGAAGGGAUGGAUAUUUUGCCUCCUUUCCCUCAGGUAGUGCGAAUCAACCUGUGGAAAACUGAUGGACAAGAGAGGAAUAUUGCAUGCUGCUUACCCUGAUUUAUUCAAUGGUUUUGUUUUCAUUUUGAAACCAUGCUAUCAAAUGGCAAUAGACUGUUCCCUCCCACCCCCAUGAAGUAAUCUUGCACCGUGUGAAUAGUAAGUACCCAGUGGGAUUGCUUUUUCAUUUAUAGAACAUGACCACUGUAUGACUCAUUCUGACAGUUCAAAUCCUGAGAUUUCUGAGGACACUACUAGAGGCAUUUGUCGUCUUUCCUAGUCAAUGCUUCAUACUUUUUCUUGGGAUUCUUUAAAUCCUUGUUAUUCUUUUCCCCCAGGCCUACAGAUAGGUUCAUUCUCAAGAAAAGUGUUUCUUUUCAUUCCAGAUGACAAGCAAGAUGUGCAGAGCACUUUAUUCAGUGCAUAGCUUUAAGCCAGUUUUGGAUUCACUGAGUGGACACCCAAACUCCCAGCUUUCUGCCUUCCCUCAAGGGGUCAUAGUAGGUUCACACUGCUACCACAGCUAAACAGACUUCUGGCUAAUGGGAUCCAGUGGGGUCAUUCCUCCUGAGUGCUAGUAUCCUAUUAAGGGACUCUUUGAAAUUCUUAGCUUCUACUUAGAGUGGAAGGACCAAUCACUUAGACUAUUCCAUAGAUGGUUGUAGGGCCAAAUUCUGCCCUUUGCUUUAUAUGCAACUUGUAUAAAAGUCAAGUUAAAACUACAUGAGUUUGGGAUAGGGUUAGCGCUUUGAGAAACAUUGGAACCAAUCAUGAAUUACUUAUGUAUUAUUCAUUUUACAUGGUCAGAAUAGUGCUUGAAGUGCAUUACAUUAUCAACUGCCUUCAUUUUUGGCUCUUUUUUUUUUUUUUUUUUUUUUUUGGCUCUUUUUCUUUAUGUUCCAGUUUAGUUUACAAAUCCUUUUAAGUGUGGAAUGGUUUAUAUGGGGUCAGGUGCUCCAAAGAAUAGAUUUCUGAGACCAAAAAUGAUCUAGGCUAUUUAGACUACAAUAUGAAACCUUCAAAGUUAGUUCCCAGUCUAGGAAGACACUUACUGGUCUAUGGUGUGAUAUGACCCAUAGAAACACAUUAUAUUUUGCUUUGGGCCUCAUUUAAGAAAAGUAAUGUAUCUUUCUAAUUGUUUUUACAUAGGUUAAUGAUUAUUAUGCAUUCUUUGAACAUAUACCAAAUCAUGGUAUCCCAGUGACUAGCACAAUGCCUGGCAUAGUCAGUGUGCAGAUGUUUAUGUGAGUGAAUGAGGGGUGUGCAGAAGCUCUUUAUAUGGCACAGAGAAGCCAGCUGACACAGGAUUAUUACAUACCACAAGCAAACUAAUGAGUUGACGCUAAUUUAAUGUAUUUUUACCUCACACUAAGGUAAUGCUUGAUAAAGAUAGUAAUAUUCAACUUUUAAAAGUUAGCACAGUGCAAUGCACAUAGUGGGUGCUCAAUAAUGUUAAAUAAACAGAUUUGCAAUACUAGACUUCAUUCCAUCUGACUACUCUUAAAUUUUCAGUUAGAGCAUAGAUACUGUAAAAUCCAAAUACACACAUUAAAUCUUGUUUUCCUGAAAGUAUGACAUCUAAAAUACUUGUAGAAAAACCUUGUCAUGAACUGAUUUGAAUGUUUGUAUUUUCUUUUGCCUUUGACUUUGAUACUGGCUUGUAAUGUCUCUUUUCAUCAUUUGUAAUAUUAGUGGGACAUUCAACUCUACCUAAAUCAUAAGAAUUUUUCAACAAUAAGUUGUCUGAAGCCAUUAAAUGAACUUGGGUUGGAUUUGGCUGGCUGUGACCGUUGUUGGACCUUAAAUCAAAGGACUUCUAAUAAGUAUCUUCCAAAAGCAAAUGCUAGAAUCCUAUUCAAGUGCAUAUGUACAUUGUCACAGAGCAAAGUAAACUAAUUGGCUGCUAUAUUUUAUAUAAUCAUUUCUGCAAAAGCCCAGUUUUGGAUACUAAUAUUUGACAUGGUUAAAUCUUAUUAAUUUGUUGGAAUUGUUUAUUGUUAAUAAUGCAAAUAGAUAAUUUUUAAUUAUCCUUAAGUAACAUUUCACUAUUAAUGGUUUGAAAUGGGUGGUAAGCAAACCAAUUUGAAAUAAAAUAUGAACAUGUGCCAUUGUAUUAUAACACUAUACACUUUCUUGACAGUUAAAUUUUUUAAAAAUGUUUUUUUGUAGCAUGUAUUGUAUAUGUUUAUAGUAUAUGUAGUAAAUAAAAAUAUGGCCAAAUGUUUGGCUUGGUGAUCUUU